AAGAAGUCUGUGUAUAGUUUCAGUGGGGAUCUGAUGCCGCAACAGUAUGAGUGCGCACGCUUGCCGACGGCAGAUAGUACGAUGGAUGUGGAGAUGGAGUGUUUGUCCUGUGGAGACGAGCAGAGGUCUUAUGUCAUUCUGUUCCACACAAAAGGAGCCCAAUCAAGCCAGUUCAUCAUCUCACAGUCAGGUCACACACAGACCUGUGAACCAGCUUACCAUGCCAUCUCUUCUUGAGAUGGGCUUUACAGAAACUCAAGCCCAGGAGAUGCAUGAAGGCGCGAUAAAGAGCCGUGGAAAGCAUGUUCCCUCUGUACUGACAGCACUGUUAAUCCUGGGCUUAAAUCCAUCAAGUAUCCUUAAAAUAAUGCAGAAAUGUCCAAAGUUAUAUUCACUGAAGGGCAUGGAGUUACAGCAACGCAUUGAUCAUCUGAGGCAGCUGGGAUUGGUAGAAGGCAGUCUGCAGAGGGUGAUCAGUCACUUCCCCAAUGUCAUUGUCCUGCCAAUCAAGAGGGUAAAUAUGGUGUCUCGAUUGCUCAGAGAAAAAUGCCACUUCACUGUUCAGCAGGUCACAGACAUCCUCAGAGACUCACCUGAGGUUUUGGAAGAGGACUUGGCACGGCUGGAAUACAAAUUUCAGUAUGCAUAUUUCCGCAUGGGUUUGAGGCAGGCAGAGAUGGUGAAGGCGAAGCUAUUCCGGUUUUCUUUGUCCGAGCUGCGGUGUCGUCACUGUUUCCUUGAGCGGAGAGGACUGUACCAGACACCAGACAAGAAGGGCCAAACACUUAUCCUCAACCCCCCACUCAAAGACUUCCUCUGCGUCACCGAGGAAACCUACCUGACGCAAGUCGCCGUGGCAACACCAGAAGAGUUCCAUGUUUUCCGUAAGAUGAUGGCAAGAGAGCAGGAAGAAGAGGAAAGAGAACAGGAGUAUAGCAGUGAUGAGGAAGUGGAGUUAUGUGAGAAUGAUGAUGAUGAUGAUGAUGUUGAACAGAACAGGAGAAGGCCUGACAAGAACACUGGCUACAAGAGGGACAAGAAAUGAAGAUCCAUUUUGUACCAUUUAUUCUUUAUAUUUCUGUUUGGAAAGAAUAAAACUGUUUAUUCAGCAGAAUUCCUUAAUGUUUUAUUGUUUGUUAGGGAAAUCUAAUAACAGCAUUUCAUG